AUGACGUCUACCCGUGUUAAAGCAGCUAUUAAGGAUGCUUAUACCAAUCCGAAAAAUCCAUCUGCAUUCACCUCUGUAGCCAAUAUUCACAAAUUUCUCAAGCCAAAGUUCAAAUCUUUAACGUAUGAACAAGUUGAGAAAGUUUUGGAAGAUUUGGAAUCAUUCACACUACACAGACCAACCCGAAAACGAUUUCCACGUCUAAAGACACUAGCCUCUGGACUCUUCACUGAUCUUCAAGCAGAUUUGGUGGACAUGAGUAAAUACAAAAAGACUAACAAUAACACUACAUUUUUAUUGACAGUCAUCGAUAUUUACUCUAGACGAUUAUAUGUUAGACCAUUGAAGAAUAAAGGUGGUGUAGAGGUAUCCAAGGCCUUGAGUGAGAUAUUCAAAGAAAUUGGCACAUCACCCAUGAGUGUGUACACUGAUGAGGGAAAGGAGUUUUACAAUACCAAUGUCAAGACUCUGUUCAAAGAGACAGGUGUCUCUUUGAUAUCCACAAAAAGUGAAUUGAAAUGUGCGGUAAUUGAGCGGGCAAAUAGGACUCUGAAGACUCGAUUGGCAAAGUACAUAACCCAGAAAUAUGGCUACAAAUAUAUCGAUGUGUUACAAAAGAUUGUGAAAGGAAUCAACAACACUCUUAACCGAGGAAUUGGGAAAAAACCAGUGGAUGUGAAGCGUGGAGAUUUUAUGGUACCAUUACCAGAAGAUGUUGAAAAACGUACAAAGUUUCAAGUUGGUGACCACGUUCGAAUAUCAGCAAAACGACAAAUUUUCGAUAAGGGAUAUGAUCAAGGCUGGACGACUGAAGUUUUCAUUGUGAAUAAGGUUCUAUACAGAAAACCAAUUGUUUACAACCUUUUGGACACUAACGGAGAGGAGAUUGAAGGAAUCUUUUACGGCCGAGAGCUCACAAAGUGUACAUAUGGACGAGAUGACUUGUAUCGGAUCGAGAAGGUGUUGGACACGCGAAUACACAAAGGAAAGAAGCAAAGUAGGGUUAAAUGGUCCGGGUAUCCAGAUUCUUUUUCUAGCUGGGUAGACUCUGACUCUCUUGUUAAUUUAUAA